AUGGAACUGAAGGCGCAGGAAGUUUCGGUACUGGAAUCAGUCAUAUAUUGGGCUUUCUUUAAGAUCUUCAAAGAUCCCGAUCCGGGAUUUGCAGUUACUGCCAUUUCCAUCGCUACCAAUUUCGUGCUGUCAAAUAUGUUGCUGUAUGGUAUAACGGGACGCGCUAGACUAUCAUAUCUGCUAAGCAUGGCAACUAUACCAUGUUCCGUCUUCCUGUGUAUUCGUGAUUCACGGCAUGACUUUGAGAAGUGGAAAGAGCUGGAAGUAUUACGACUCAGGGGCGUUCCAGACAGGUUUAUGCCGUACAAAUGUAAAUACGACUGGACGGAGUACGAAAAAGUUCUCCGGGAUAAAUCUAGGAAGUAG